AAAAGCUUCAGUUGAUACGUCCGAUUGACUCGGUGCAAAUCUCAAGUUCGCGCUGUUUGUUUUGUUUUUCGACCGGACGCUCGAGUAGCAUUAGUCGCGAGUUCGAUCGAUCGGCAUUAACAAUGUGGUUCCACAAGUGCACAGUGCCACUGGUGUUGGUAUUAUUUUUAAGUUGUGUAUCGGCGUCACCCCAUGGUCUUCUCGGUCAUCUCCUUGAGAAGCAUGUGGAGCGUCAUCCAACGGGUAUUCUGAGCUCGUUGAUGCCGAGCAAUCAACAAACGGCAUCGGCCAGCUCAUCCGCUUCCAGCUAUGCUUCUGGCUCCUUCAAUCUAGGCCCUCUGUCGUUGACGGGAAAUGUUGCAAACGCCAAUGCCAAUGCGUACAGCUCGGCCAGUUCGAGCGGAAGCGGUUACGCCUCGGCAAGUUCGAACGCGGCCGCCAACAGUUACGGAGGAUACUCGAACUCGAACGCCGCGGCUGAGGCGCAAGCUCAGGCCCAAGCUCAGUCGCACGCCGCAGCCGAUGCCCAGGCCCAGGCUCAAGCCGAAGCCUACAUCAAGGCUCAAGCCGAGGCUCAAGCGCAAGCUGCGGCUCAAGCUCAGGCCCAGGCCCAGGCCUACGCCAAAGCCCAAGCCGAAGCUCAAGCUGCGGCUCAGGCUCAAGUUCAGGCUCAGGCUGCCGCCCAGGCCCAGGCCCUGGCCCAGGCUAAAGCCCAAGCCGAAGCCGAAGCCUACGCCAAAGCUCAGGCCGAAGCAAAAGCUCAAGCUCAAGCGCAAGCCCUAGCCGAAAUGAAAGCUCAGGCCCAAGCCCAGGCCCAAGCUCUGGCUCAAGCAAAGGCCCAAGCCGCGUCACAAGCGGCUGCCCUGGCCCAAGCUCAAGCUCAGAACCAGGCCCAGGCGCAAGCCUUGGCUCAAGCGAAAGCCCAGGCGAGCGCCACGGCGAGCUCUCAAGCGCACGUACCGGUACAGGGCGUCGCUCAAGGCCACCAACCCGUACUCGUGCAUCAGCCCGAAGUAGUCAAGCCUCAGCAAACUCAAACGGUCUACGUGCCAAUCGCCAUCGUCGAGGUGCCCGCCAAGCACAAGCCGCACCACGGCGGCCGUCGCCCCCAUCAUCCCGGCCGCGGAAAGCCCGGCUACGAGUACAAUCCAUUCUUUAACGGAGGAGCCAAUUCCAAUUCCAUUGCCAAUGCCAAUGCCAAUGCGGCAUCUUCAGCGGGUGCGAAUACCGUGCAGCAGCAACCCAUCUACACCAGCCAGCCUGUGGUGCCACAGCCGCAGCCACUGCCGCAACCACAGCCUCAACCGUCUUACCCUGUGCAGUCCUCGGGCAAUGCCAAUGCCAAUGCCAAUGCCGCCGCUUCAGCCGGCGCCACGUCGGGUGCCAACAACGCUGUGCAGCAGCCGAGCUACGGUCCAGCUCAGACCUAUCCUACGUACCCACCCGCACAGACCUAUCCCGGCAGUUAUCAAUUUCAACCUUCUCAAGGAAGUGGCACUGCAUCUGCUGGCGCCACCGCCAGUGCCAAUAGCAAUGCCAAUUCCAACGGUAAUGCCAAUCAAAAUUACUUGGAUGGAUUGGCGGCUCUUGGCGCCCCCAGCACAGGAUCCCAAGGAUACCCCGGCGCUGGAUCUGGUUAUUACAAUAACCAAGCUGCACCCUCUCAGGUUCAGUAUCCUGGCUCGCAAGCGAAUGCCGGGGCAAACGCCGCCGCCAGUGCCAGCUCCGGUGCCAGCGCCAGUUCCAGUGCCACGGCAACGGCGACCGCCAACGCCGGCGCCCACAGCAACACGCGCUCCUCUGCGACUGCCACGGCCUCGGCCUCGUCGGCCAGCGGUAGCUUCGGUGGUUUCGGCCUGAACAGCCGCUCCGACGACGACGACACCAGAGAUAGGCUCAUCUUCCGCGACUAAGAUACACGUCGCGCUUGAAAGUGAUCGUAACAUAUAAUACGGACGUGAUAAGAUUAUAUACAAGUGUCAAAGUUCGAUGCGCUGUGCGCCGCUUUCUUUUCUCUCUUCGUAAUACUCGUUUGCCUGAUUUUUGACUGCAUGAGAGGUGUGAAUCCUUAUUUGUUCUUUUUUUUUUUUUUUAAUUUUUUUUCUCACGAGUUUGUUGAUAUUGAAUGUUCCGAUAAUGAGUGUACAAUGAAGUAGUGUCGAAUAAGAUGUUUUUGAUAAACAAAAUCUAUAUAGGCAUUCACUUUUUCAGAACGAUACGACGUUGCUGCAAAAAGUGCAAUUGUAUACUGUAUAAUAAAAUUUAAAAUUAACGUAAUUUAGAACGAACGUAUCGGAAUACGAUCGUCUCUCUGAAACUUUUUCGUGCAAAAAGAUUGAGUGAGAUUAUAAUAUAUAUAAAUAUAACUUAAGUUUUUUUGUAAACAAUUGUAAAAAAAAGGAAAAAAAAAUAACCCGACAAGGUCAAGUCAUUUAAACAACGUAUUAAAGUUAGUAAUGAUUCCGCAUUAUA